AUGGUGUCUGGUGAAUUAAAAGAUCGAGAUCCUGCAUUGAAUGUUAAUGCAUACAAUCUGAUUGCUAAUAACUUUGGCCCAUACCAGCCUAAAGAUAUUCAGUUUCCACGAGUAAAUGGUAGUUCUAGAUCAUUCAGGCAAGAUUGGUAUAUUAAACAUGAGUGGCUAGAGUACAGUCCAAUCAACGAUGCAGCCUUCUGUUUUUAUUGUCGAUGCUUUCCACCAUCUAAUAAAUAUAAUGAAUUAGCUUAUACAUUACAUGGUUUCAAAACAUGGUCUAGAGCGACAAAAUCAUUUAAAGAUCAUGAAAAUAGUGCCUCUCACAAAGAAGCUAGUGUUAAAGUGAGUGGAUUUCGUUCAAGUAAAAAAGUUGGGAAUAUUGCAUCAAAUGUAAGUACUUAUUAUAAACAAACUGUUCAGAAAAACAGAGAGUACUUGACAUUAGUUUUGGAUAGUUUGUUGUUUUGUUGUCGCCAGGGCAUAGCUAUACGUGGCCAUAAUGAAAGUGAGGAUUCAUUAAAUAAGGGUAAUUUUCUUCAAGAACGAUUAAGUAAUCUUGGUACAUUACAAAUUGAAAAAAAAAGAAAUAUCAAUAUAGAAGAAGUCAUUGAUGAAUUCAACAAUAAUUCCUCUGUGAAUAGCCGAAAAUUAAGUUUAAAAUAA